AUUUUGUUCGCAAUAUUCUAUAUUUUUCGUUCGCAGCUACGGUUAGUCUUAAAGGUAUACGCUUAGAUUAUGGCACCCAAGAAGAUCAUCAUUGAUACUGACCCGGGGAUCGAUGAUAUUCUCGGUCUUCUACUCGCUCUGUCCGCAACACCAGAGGAAGUUGAAGUCCUGCUGAUCUCCUUGACCUUCGGUAAUAUUGAGGUGAGAAGCUGUCUUCGCAAUGUCGUCUCGAUGUUCCAUAUCCUCGAACGAGAGAUGCAAUGGCGUCGGGAGCAAGGUCGUCCUGAAGGGUUUGGUGCCCUGCGCGCCGCCUCACCAGUCGUUGCGGUUGGUGCUGAGGAUCCCUUAGAAGACCAGAAGAUGCUGGCGGACUAUUUCCAUGGUACCGACGGUUUAGGAGGAAUCCAUACCAGCCACCCCCACCUGACUCCUAAGGAGACUUGGGAGCAUCUCUUUGAUCCUUCCGCUGAUCCAGUUGAAGUCGAACCCAUUCCGACGGGCAACCCUUCACGCCCGUCCUUCAUCCCUUCUAAGCGUCGGGCACACGAGGAGAUACUUCGUGUUUUGCGUGAAAAUGACCCAGACACCGUCACUUUGGUGGCAGUCGGGCCUCUAACCAACCUCGCAUUGGCCUCUGCAGCUGAUCCAGAGACAUUCCUGCGCAUCAAGGAAGUGGUGGUGAUGGGUGGAGCUGUCAAUGAACCCGGUAAUGUAACCCCGGCCGCUGAAUUUAACACCUACGCCGACGCAUUCGCAGCCGCACGGGUCUAUGCUUUGACAUCACCUUCACCCAAGUCCACUAUCCCAACGAACUCAAGCCUACCAGACUACCCCGCCAAUCUCAGCAAGCAGCUCACACUGCGCAUCUUCCCGUUGGACAUCACGCUCCGCCACGGAGUCUCACGCGGCCAGUUCCGCGAGGCAGUCACCCCACACCUGGAGAAAGGCUCGCCAUUGGCCGAGUGGGUGUCAGCCUUCAUGGCUCACACUUUCCACACGGUCGAGAAGCUGCAUACGGGCCGGGCGGGCGAUGAUGUCGAGCUCAGUCUGCAUGACCCCGUCUGUGUGUGGUAUGCUAUUACCGCAGAUGAUGACAAGUGGAGGCCCUCCGCGACCUCGCCAGAGGAUAUCCGAAUCGAGACCACUGGACAGUGGACCCGGGGUUUGUGUGUCGUUGACCGACGGAACAGACACCGCAUCGAUGGUGAUGAGGAGCACUCCAGUGACCAUGGUCUCUGGUUGAGCUCGAGAGCCGGAAACCGUGUCUGGCGAAUGGACGCUUCGCCGGUCGAGGAUAAUUUCGGGGCUGUUCUCCUUGAACGGUUGUUCGCUUGAACUGACGGUACUGUUUGAGAUAGGCUAGAAUGUAUAUACGAUUACAUAAAUGCCGUGGGUUGAUAGGAUAGAAGUAUAUUUUUG